AUGUCGCAUACCGCGACUCUUAAAGACAAGAAGUGGCAAACCCUCCUCCUCACCCACGGAGACUACGCGGGCCGGUUGUGGAACUGCCUGGUACGGAUCUCCAGAGCCAAGGACAUGCGGAGCCUAAACUCGAGAGUCGCCCCAUUCCGCGAUAAGCUCAACCAGGAAUCCUUGGAUCCCUUCGGAAGACAACGCAACAUCGAACUUCUAGAGGAGUGCGUCCGACGCCUCCGACUGCAGGGGUUCGAUGUCGACCUCGAGAUGGCGAAGCUGGCAAUCUUGGUGUAUGGCAAGCGGAACGAGGUUUGUCAUGCAGAGAUAGGGAAGCCGGAUGUUCAGAAUGACCCCGCCAGGAUGGAGCAGGUCAUUGAACACGACAAAAACCAACUUCCCGAGGCUUUGCCAAACCUGCAGCUCCCUUACCACACCACCUGGCAACGGAUCUUGACUCUGUACGGCGCCACGCAAGGUUGGAUCAACCACAAACCUGGUUCUGGGUUUGCACGUCCCUUGCCCGAGCCCGACUUCAGACUCCGACCAGAUAAGGCAAGCCGAGUGCGAGCCUUCGACAACAGAGAAUGCGGAGAUCGAGUCGACGCGGUCUUCCAGACAUUCAAGGAGCGGAUCCCGGUCACCUCUCGUCCUGUUUCCAGUCAAACGCGGACGAGGCACAGUGUGUCAGAUCCAACUCCCUACAUUCUCCGGAAAAGGCGUGCCUCUGGAUCGCCGGACUCCGAAGAACGUAGCCAAGGAAGCUCCGCCGCCGAAAGACUCCCCACCGUGGCCUUUGGAAACGAUGUGGAUACUCGUCAAUUUCAAGGACUCUACGAGGAUCUCCGCACUCUGUACGACAAGGAUCUGGAAAGGGGCCGCAAGGCUCUUGGGGAGGCACGGAGAGUGGUCACCCGUGAGCUUACUAACCCACGGCCAGCGAAGAGGAGGAAGGGGAGGCAGUAG